AUGCCAAUAUUGCGGAAAAGAAGGGUGUCGUCAAAACAGCAAUCUGGUGCUUUCAAAUAUAUCGCCUUCGAAUCAUUUGGAAGCCCAAUCAUUGGGUGUCUGCGUGAAGAUUGUAAUGGACUUUGCAACCUUCAAGCCAACCCCCACGGUACUGUUCCAGACGCAGCUAGGUACUGUUCCGUGCCUUUCUCGCGAGACCAUGUAACUGAGAAAUCAAACCGAGGUCGCGUGAUUAUCACCGGUUUCUCCCUAUCGGUUAUUCAAGGCAUUCCAGACGCAGAGAAGCGCUAUGUAUUAAAGGAUGUAGCAGGAAUUCUUGUUGAGAGCGCUGCCAUUUCCACUAUGAAGUCCAACAUACAGUACAUAACCGUGGACGCCAGUGCACCCCUCGUUUCAUUCACAUUCUGUCUCAUCAUUGUUCAUGUUGGAAUGGGUGCCAGUCACGAAACAAACAUUUAUGAGACCACUCUCAGUCAACCUCCAUCAUCGCGAGGUCUCAGCAGCGGCCAUACCUUGCAAAGAGGAUCAUGCCCUGGACAGGAUGUACGCUUAGACGAGUUUGCGAUGAAACCACUGUCUGUAAGAAUAACGCAGGAGGUGGAGCUGGAUGGGGCCGAAGACUUCAGCAUGCAAAAAUCAGCGUCCACGAUAACGCCAAAAUCAAGUCCGGGAGCGACUCAUCUAUCAAUCAAUAUCACGGUUCGACUUGUGAUCGGAGCCGUUGUGAUUGAACGCGAAGACCCGUGUCACAGAUGGGUCACCAAAGAGGGCCAGCAAAACCUCGGCACCAACACUUUGAUGACAUCAUUUCAUUCGCGCGUGGACGGGCCGAAAUUCUUGUGGAAGGGUCGCGGGAAUGUAUAUCGACUAAACGAGCCAUUGCGUCUAGGACGAUACGAGCACCGACUGCCGACGACGGUGCCCAGCGAGCAAAACAUUAUCAUGAACCACGAAUCAAAGGCUGUCGAUAAGCUAGGCUGA